CCAAAACAACAGGAGAGGCGGCGUGCGUUGAAGAUGGCGUUUUUUUAGCCCUUAUUUUCACCCUCAGAGGGACGUUUCUUGGCCGAAUAUAGGGCUUUUUGAUGCUCUACACAACACACGGCCAAGAUGAAGGAGCAGUAUCGGGAGACAGAUGUUGUCCGCAACAUCCUGGACAUCCAGUUUGGGGUGCUGUCGGCACAGGACAUGCAACAGUGCAGUCAUGCGCACAUUGUGUCAUCAGAGCUCUAUAACCCAAAUGCAAACGCCAGAGAACCUGCCUCUCAUGGUGUCUUGGAUAGAAGAAUGGGUACUAGUCAAAAAGACGUGACGUGUGAGACCUGCGGCAAGAAUUUAUCAGACUGCAUCGGGCAUUAUGGUUACCUGGACCUUGCUCGACCAGUGUUCCACGUCGGCUACUUCAAGAAUACAAUCCAUAUCCUCCAAAAUAUUUGUAAAUUCUGUGCAAAUGUACUUCUUAAACCGAAAGAUAAACUUGCGCUCUGUGAGCAGUCAAAGAGAUUAAGCUCAUACCUGCAGAAGAAAGCUCUGUACAAGCGUGUAAAUGAACUUUGCAAGAAGAUGAGCUUGUGUCCAUACUGCAGUGCCAGAAAUGGAACUGUGAAAAAACUACCGCCUCUCAAGAUUGUCCAUGAAAGGUUCAAAACGGUUAAGAAGGGGGAUCCUGUGUUGACAGACUAUUUUACUCAGUUUGACACAGCAUUAGAGUACAACAAAGAGUUAGAGGCGCAGUUGGCCUCCAAUGUUGUGGAGUUCCUGAAUCCUAGUCAGGUCCUCGAUCUGUUUGAGAGGAUUCCUCUCUCAGACUUGCCACUCUUGUGCAUGGACCAGCAAUUUUCGCAUCCGAAGGAUCUCAUUCUUACAAGACUUUUAGUCCCCCCAAACUGCAUAAGGCCAUCUGUGAUCUCGGAACUGAAAUCUGGAACGAACGAGGAUGACAUCACAGUCAUGCUUACCGAGAUCAUUUUCCUGAACAAUCUGAUCAACAAGAGAAGCUCAGGGAAAGUGCAGAGCAUCCAAGACUCGUGGGAACAUCUGCAGCUUCACGUGGCAUUCUUGAUGAAUUCGGAGAUAUCGGUGCCACACGAUCUCAACAUGGCGCGAAAAUCAACGCGAGGGUUUGUCCAGAGGCUGAAGGGCAAGCAGGGCCGUUUCCGAGGGAACUUGUCAGGAAAACGUGUUGAUUUCUCCAGCCGAACUGUCAUCUCUCCGGACCCUAAUCUCAGAAUCAAUGAGGUGGGUGUACCAGUGGAAGUAGCAAAGCAGCUGUCUUACCCCGAGAAAGUGACAUCACACAACACCAACCUCAUGCGUCAGCUGGUGCGGAACGGCCCUGAUGUCCAUCCUGGGGCUCUGUUUGUGGAGCCCAAGUCGACGCCAGGCAUCAAGAAGUCUAUGAGAUACGUGCAUAGGGAGCGGAUGGCCAGUGAGCUGAAACCAGGGGACAUUAUUGAGAGACACUUGAUGGAUGGCGACAUUGUCCUGUACAACCGACAGCCUUCCUUGCACAAGAUGAGCAUCAUGUCCCACAGAGUUAGAGUUCUCCCAUGGAGGACCUUUAGGUUCAAUGAGUGUGUCUGUACUCCUUAUAAUGCUGAUUUUGAUGGUGACGAGAUGAACCUUCAUGUGCCACAGACAGAGGAGGCGAGGGCAGAGGCACUGGUGCUCAUGGGGGUAACGUCCAACCUGGUGACCCCAAGACACGGAGCGCUCAUCAUUGGCGCAACCCAGGAUUUCAUCACGGGCUCCUACCUCCUCACGCAGAAGGACCAGUUCUUUGACAAGGAACACACCUGUGCCCUUGUAGCCUCCAUCUUGGCAGGGAAGGAGGCUGACUACAAAGUAGAUCUGCCACCUCCUGCUAUCAUGAAGCCUCAGGAGCUGUGGACAGGCAAGCAGAUUUUCAGUCUGAUCAUCCGACCUAACAAGUCAUUUCCAGUGGCUUGCAACCUGAUGGCCAAGCGCAAGGACUACACCAAAGGGGAGGAGCUAUGUGCCAACGAGGCGUGGGUUGUGAUCCGUAACUCAGAGCUUCUUGCAGGGGCUCUUGACAAGUCCUUGCUGGGCUCGGGUUCCAAGAAAAAUCUUUUCUACGUCAUCCUCAAGGACUAUGGCAAAGACCAUGCAGCUGAUGCUAUGUGGAGGAUGGCUAGGGUCUCCACACUGUUCCUGAUGGACCGGGGGUUCUCCAUCGGUAUUGGAGACGUCAUGCCAGGAUCAGGGCUCCUCACCAGGAAGCAGGAACUCCUUGACGAAGGGUACAGGAAAUGUGAUGAAUUCAUCUCGCAGCUGAAGGAGGGCACGCUGCACUGCCAGCCAGGUUGCACUGCAGAGGAGACCUUAGAGCAGCUGAUCCUGAAGGAGCUCAGUACCAUCCGAGACAAAGCAGGCAAGGCUUGCGUCAUGGAACUGCACAAGACCAAUGCAGCACUCAUCAUGGCCAUCUCUGGUUCUAAAGGUUCCUUCAUCAACAUCUCACAGAUGAUUGCGUGUGUCGGACAGCAGGCCAUAGGAGGCAAGAGAGUCCCCAAUGGCUUUGAGGACCGCGCACUGCCACAUUAUGAGAGGCACUCAAAGAUCCCUGCAGCCAAGGGUUUCGUGAGCAACAGCUUCUUCUCUGGCAUGACACCCACAGAAUUCAUCUUCCAUACCAUGGCUGGGCGAGAGGGGCUGGUUGACACAGCUGUCAAGACCUCAGAGACCGGCUACAUGCAGCGUCGACUUGUCAAGUCCCUAGAAGAUUUGUAUGUGGCAUAUGACAUGACGGUGCGGAAUUCAACACAGGAUAUUAUUCAGUUCAAGUAUGGAGGUGAUGGUCUAGACCCCUCAGAGAUGGAGGGAACGAAGGGCCCCAUUGACCUGGAGCGCGUCCUGAAUCAUGUACGUGCCACCCACCCCUAUGCAAGUGAGGACCCCCUAGCUGGCAAGGAAGUGCUACAGCUUGGUGAGAAGUACCUAGAAGAUGAUGCCUUCAAAGAGCUUUCACCUGAGUUUAAAGAGGAGCUCAAGACCUUCCUGGAAAAGUACUCCAAAAGGGUGGAUAAGAUACAGUCACGGUUCGUCAAAGCCACCAAUAAGGGAAAGGCCCUGCCAGUAGAACGUCAGCUGGAGCGCCUAACUUUUACACAGCUCAUUGACUUUCUCAACUCGUGCCUCGAUCGCUAUCAGAGUGCUGUGAUGGAGCCGGGCACUGCAGUGGGGGCUCUUUGUGCCCAGAGUAUUGGAGAGCCAGGCACACAGAUGACUCUGAAGACUUUCCAUUUUGCUGGAGUGGCUGCAAUGAACAUCACCCUUGGUGUGCCAAGAAUCCUGGAGAUCAUCAAUGCAUCGCGGAGCAUUUCGACACCCAUCAUCACAGCCAAGCUCAAGUGUGACACUGACCCGGAGAAGGCGCGACAGGUGAAAGGUCGCAUUGAGAAGACCCUUCUGGGGGAGGUUUGUGAAUAUGUGGAGGAGGUGUUUCUGCCGGACGAUUGCUUCUUGCUGCUCAAACUGGCCAUGGACCGCAUCAGGCUUCUCAAGCUCGAGGUGGAUGCCUACUCCAUUAAGUAUGCCAUCUGUACAUCCAAGCUCAAGGUGAAAGAGAUGGACGUGUGCGUAGAGUCAGACACCAUCCUCACCGUCCGGCCCUCGAAGACCAAGGUGUCGUCCAUGUACUACCAGCUGCAGCACCUCAAGCAGCACAUCACCAAGGUCAUCAUCAAGGGCCUGCCGUCUGUCAAUCGGGCCGUCAUCAAUCAGAACGACACAAGUGGGAUUUCCCAGUAUGAACUGCUUGUGGAAGGUGACAACUUGCAGGAAGUCAUUGCAACAUAUGGUGUUGAUGGCACACGUUGCACUUCAAACAACACUUAUGAAGUCUUCACCUCAUUGGGGAUUGAGGCAGCAAGAGCAACGAUCAUCAAAGAGAUCACCGUGACUAUGGAGACUCACGGCCUGAGUGUGGACCACAGGCACGUAAUGCUUCUGGCUGACUUGAUGACCUGUCGUGGCCAAGUGCUGGGCAUCACUCGCCACGGGCUGUCCAAGAUGAAGGAGUCAGUGCUGAUGCUUGCUUCGUUUGAGAAGACAGCUGACCACCUGUUUGAUGCAGCCUACCAUGGCCAGAGCAACCCCAUCAAAGGUGUGAGUGACUGCAUCAUCAUGGGAAAGCCCAUGAACAUCGGCACAGGCGUGUUCAAGCUCCUCCACAGCCACAAGAGAGACAAUAAGCCCCGAAGCCGCAACCUUAUCUUUGACCACCCAGAGCUCCACAUCCCCCUUGUCCACAACGGCUGGUCUUGAUGGCGUGUGUGAUCUAAGCAGUGUGGCCCAGUGUAAUUGUUAUGUGUGUGCAUCUCCUGUGAAGGCUCUAGGCGUGUGAAGCCCCUUUGGCGUGCUGUGUGCCAGGCAGUUGGGAAGAAGAUAGGGGGGAACUUGCCGCAUCGCCACAUUCUAAUUGCAAGCUUUUUUCUUCUUCUUCUGCCAUUUAGAAAUGGAUAUAGAUUUUAUAGAAGUGUUUUUAAAAGCAGAAUUUACAUAAAUUUCCUUUUGUGAUCUUGAAGAAGUGGUGAGUUAGUAAUUACCUCUAAUCUCACUGCCUGAAGGUGGCAAAGGUGGCUUCGCUGGAAUGCAGGAAGGGAAUGAAAAAGAAGGAAAUGUACAAACCAAAGAUGGCUGAAGGGAAUGGCUCUCACAUCCUUGUACAAGAUGCAUAUGUGCAGGGAUUGAGGGAAGGAGUCUGGAAUCAUUAAUUUUAAAGAAAAGACAAUUGGGGACUUCAUUUGUAUCAACUGUGGAGACUAUAAUAGGGAAAACACUAUGUUUGUGAAACUGUGAAAAAGUGUAAUUAUGAGGAACAGUUUGUAAUGCUCAGUGAUAUAUUUUGUUAUCAUUUCUUUUUAAGAUUUUUUUUUUCAUAUUGCUAAAUGUAUUAAUGGAAAGGCAAAAAUGAAGCAAUAUAUUAUAUUUCCUUUUUGAUUAUU